UUUUGCCACAGCCCAUCUCUGCCUAGCACUAACUCGAAGCUCCUCAGUUUCUUCCUCUACUAUGCUGUUGAAUCUACCAUGGUGGUGUGACUGCACCGAAGCAUGAAAGAUCAGGGGUAGCCUGGGAAAGAAGCGUUGGAACGUGCACUAGCAGGAGUUUGACUCACACAUGCAAACAGACUGCCCCUUCUCAUCCCAGUUCCUUGCCAUCGGAGAUGAGGGCCUCAAGGCUUUCAACAUGUCUGUUCUGGGAGAUACCAAUGAAUACCAGUGGAAGGAGUUCCAGGGGGCCAAGUUGGCCUCCCUGUUUGGACUAGACCAGGAAGGAAGUCAGGGUAACGAGUCCUUCCAGUACACAGCACCGAAACAGCCUAGAAAGAGCUCCAAUUCAGCGCCAGCCACCCAGAAACCAGCUCCACCACCUGGAGCUCCCGCAGUGUUAUUUGCCACAGCAGUCCAGGCCUUCAGAUAUAUUAACGGACAGUAUGCAAAGCAGGGAAAGCUGGGUGCAGCCGUACUGGGCAACCACACAACAAAAGAGUACAAGCUGCUUCUGUACUUGAGCCAACAGAAGCAAGUGACUGCUGCCAAGAUUCAUGUGGGCUUUGUUUUCACGGUACAGCCGAACAAUUACUGCACUUUUUAUGAUGAGCAGCGGCAGAACUGGUCCCUGAUGUUUGAAUCCGAGAAAGCUGCGUCAGACUUUUGUAAAGAGGUGUGUUUGGCGAAAGCGAACAGCGCAGUCUCCCUCGAUACUGUGGUGGUUCAGGAUCUGACUCUUGGUGAGGGCCAGGCGGUGGAGAAUGGAGACUCUUUGGAGGUGGUGUACACAGGUUGGCUCCUGCAGAACCACGCCAUCGGACAGAUGUUUGACUCCAACCAGAACAAGGACAAGUUGCUGCGACUGAAAGUUGGAGCUGGAAAAGUGAUCAAAGGCUGGGAGGAAGGAAUGCUUGGGAUGAAGAAGACGGGCCGUCGUCUCAUUGUCAUCCCACCCAACCAGGCUUACGGAUCCAAGGGAGUCCCCAACCGUGUCCCGGCUAACAGCACUCUUAUUUUAGAAGCAGAGCUUCGACGGGUGAAGUUUUCCAAGGACAAUGGGUCUGUUAGUACCAGUACCAGCUCCAGAGGCUCUGCUGCUCCCUCCCCAGCACCCAGUGUGGAGAAUCUGGCCUCAGAUCCUCCAGUCCAGCUGGCCGCCUCUGGUCCAGGGGAGCCACCACUUCGUGCAAAGUCAAACUCACUCAGUGAACAGUUGGCAAAUCCAGACGCCACUAAAGCCAAGUUGAUCUCUCGCAUGGCGAAGAUGGGCCAGCCCAUGUUGCCCUUCCUGACAGGAGGCGCCAGCCAGCCUGAAUCCAGUGAUUCUGAGCUUGAGGACACUAGUGGCAGCAGAGCAAAGGAUCGGCCUGCAGCUCCAUCUCCAGUGCAGAUGUCCACUGCUGCUCCAGCUUCAGCACACAUACAUCCUCAUCCUCACACUGCACCCUCUGCCUUACUUCCUAUUAUGCCCACUGUUCCCCCACAGCCUGGGCUGUCUGGGAGCAGCCAUGCCUUUCAGCCUUACUUCUACACACAGACCUCUGUGGCUCCGUCUCAGCUGCAGCCUGUUGGCCAGGUCUACCCUGCGCAAACUAUCCCAUACAUGGGCUCAAGUGAUGUGACUUCCUUCUUGAUGACUGAGGCCCGACAACACAACACGGAGAUCCGGUUAUCUGUCGGAAAAGUAGCGGAUAAAGUGGAUCAACUAGCCUCGAAGAUAGAUGACCUACAGCGGCAGGGAAGUCUUUCUAUGGCUGUUCCUAGUAUGUCAAUGGAAACCUCCAUGAUCAUGCACAACAUCCAAAGAAUUAUCCAGGAAAAUGAAUGUUUAAAAAAGGAAGUCUUUGAGAAAAGCUCUCGCAUUGAGGAGCAAAACCGCAAGAUUGGGGGGCUCAUCAACCAGAACCAGAGUUACAUGGAGCAGAGUAACAUGCUGUUGGAACAGAGGAACGACUCCCUCAAGUCUUCUAGUGAACAGAUCCAGGCCAGAUUACUGCAAGCUGAGCAGAACAAGGUUCGUCUGACGGAGGAUCUGACCACGGCCACGGCCCAGCUGUCACAGCUGCAGCUAGAAGCUACAGUUCACCGGCAGAAGGCCAUGGAGCUGCAGGGUAAACUGGACUCAUCGCUGCAGGACGGUGAGAGGCACUGCCAACGCAUCGCUGCCUUGGAAACACAGAUGGAAGAACUGAAGCAAGCAGCAGAGAUGGCCCAGGCUCAGUACCGCUCAGAGAAGCAAAGACGCAAAGAAAUGGAGCUGAGAGUCAACAACAUGGAGGAAGAACUGCAGGACCUAAAAACUGAUAAAGAGAGCCUAGAACGAACACUUUUGGAAAGGAGGAAGAAGUGGCAGGCGGAGCGUCAGCGUCGGGAUGAGGAGGUGGAGGAGCUACGUAAGAGCAGCCAGCAGGAGCUGGACAACCUCCGAGUUCAACUCCGCAAGGCCAGGACCAGCACUGACAACGCAGCAUCGGAACAGUUGUCUCAGCUGCAGGCGGAGCUGGAGGAGGAGUGGAAGGGGAAGUGUGAGCAGGUGUUGGCCUCUGCUAAAGAGCUGCACAGUAGAGAGCUGGCUGAACUCACAGAGCAAAGAGAUGCUCUGCAGGACAAGCAUACCCAGCUACAGGAAAAAUUUACGGUUCUGAAGCAGUCAAGAGAUUUAGAAGAGCAGACUUUGUUACAACACAGCGGGCAGACCGCAGAGCUGCAAGGCCUUCAGGAAAAAUACACAGCCUUGGAGCAGCAAGGAAUAGCUGUAAGGGAACAACUGGAAAGAAAAGUGGCUGACCUGGAGAAGAAACUGGCAGAGCAGGAAAGUUCAGGAGAUACUUCAGCAGAGGUGAAGCGUGUGAUGAACGGAGUGUUUCAUUCCUUGCGAGGGGAGUUUGACCUCGGUGAAUCGUACAGUGGCCAGGCUGUGCUGGGGGUGAUUGUCACUACCAUUAAGAAUGUAACCCUGCAGCUGCUCAGCGGCACAGACAGAUCUCCGCUGAGAGUGAUAAAGAAGGAAGAGGAAGCUGAGAAAGAGGAGGAAGAAGAAAGUAAGGAUGUGAAGCAAGGACAGGAGACCGUGCAGAAUGUACAUGUGAACGGUGACCGAGAAGUCAAAGAGGAAGAAAAGGAGGAAGAAGAACAUGAGGCUGAAUCCGAUUCCCACCAAGUCAGUGAGACCCAGAUGGAUCAGGAAGUAGCAGCAGAGAAGGAGACGGAGACAGUAACUGAGUCAAACGCACAAAGCCCACCAGGGGCUACUGAUCUCCAUCCUGAUUCUCCCACUGAGCCCAAACUGCAAGAGACAGAGUCUGAAGUACAGCAGAAGCAGGCAGGACACCAACAAAAGGAAAAAAACAUCAACAAACCUGUAGAUCCAGGUGAUGAACCUGAUCAGAGCUCACCACCUGAGGAUGGACAGGACACUGUUUCACCAAAAAACACUGCAGUGAGCAGUGAGGAGGACAAGGAGAGCUUGGACAAUGGAGAGCAUGUAGAAGAAAUGCAUGCUGCUUCUCUGAAAGCCUUUGGACCCCCAGCCAAUCCUCCUCCUCCACCAACGGCACUACCAAACAGCUCAGGAGGGGACACAAGUCUAACUGGGGGAAUGGGUGAGGAAAAUGGAGAAGAGCCAUUUUUCCAGACCACAGCUCCUGCAAAAACCAAUGCAGCACACAGCGAGGAAGAAGAAGAGGAUGAAAUGAGCUUGAAGGGCCGUCCCCCACCUGCCCCUCUCUUUGGUGAUGAUGAGGAGGAUAAUGAUCUGGACUGGCUAAACUGAGAUGAAA